AUGGCGGACCGCAGCUUAGAGAGCCCAGCGGCUUGCAUCACCACAGGAAAGAUGAACGCUGUAGGACAUUGGGGCCAGGCAAGAUCGGAGAAAUCUUCUGACUACACUGAUGUGAGUUUUCUCUUUGUACCUAGGAACAAUCAUUUGGAAGAACCUCCGCUCUCAGCCUGGUUUAAUCCUAAAAAUCGUCCUGAUGUUAUAGCAACAACUGAUUGGCUCGCUCCGGUCAUAUGGGAAGGAACUUAUAACAGACAAGUUCUAGACAAAUAUUACAAGAGACUGAACAUUACCAUAGGCUUGGCUGUCCUUGCUACUGGAAACUUUACAAAACGGUCCCUGAAACACUUCAUAAAAUCUGCUGAUAAGUACUUCAUGGUUGGCUACAAUGUUGUCUUUUACAUCUCAACUGACAACAUCCACAAUCUACCAUACUUAGAGUUGAGUCCUCUUCGGUCAUUUAAAACAUUGAAGCUGCCUGAUGGUGAUAACUGUCAAGACUGCACUCCCAGAAACAUGAAGAACAUGAAAAGUAAAAUCAUGCAUCACAUCCAGUAUGAAGUCAACUUUCUCUUCAUUAUGGCUGUGAACCAGCUCUUCAAGAAAGACUUUGGAGUUGAAACCCUGGGCAAAUCUGUAGCUCAACUCCACGCAUGGUGGUAUUUAAAAAAACCCAAAGAUUUCCCUUACGAGAGGAGAGCUAAAUCAGCAGCUUCUAUCGCCUUCGGGGAGGGAGACUUCUAUUAUCACAGUGCCAUUAUUGGUGGCACACCCAGUAACAUCUUAGCUUUCAUUAAUCAAUAUCUGAAGGGAAUUACAGAUGACAUCACAAAUAAACUUGACAGCACAUAUGAAAGCCACUUAAACAAAUAUUUGUUAAUCAAUAAGCCCACUAGGGUGUUAUCACCAGAGUACAACUGGGAUCCGAAAUUUAAGACUCCUCCACAAAUAAAGCACAUUAAGAUAGCAUGGCAGCCAUAAAAUUACUUGAUGGUUGUGUCGUGGGGUUUAUGAAUUCACAAGUAAAUAACAGGAAUUUCUUAAAUAUAGAACUUGGGACACUCACAAAAAUGUAUAAUCUUCCAGAAUAAAUUGUCUAUCUUUGAAAUUGUAAUUCUAUUUCAUCUGAAUAAAAAUAAAUAGAUAAGUAUUA